AUGAUUGGAAGACCUAGUAUAACGUUAAGAACACGAAAUCUUAGUGUUGCUUCAAGUGCAUUCAAAUCAAAUGAUAAAAGUGCUUCAAAAGAGGCACAUGAAGUUCGAAAAAUAGAUGACGAGCCACAUAAAAGUAAUUCAUUCAAAAGAAAUUCAAUAAAAUAUUUAAAAGUGGCAAUUUCAAUAGGAGGUUAUGCUCUUAUAUUUUCAAUAUCAACAUUAAUAGCAUUACAAACAUUUUUCCAUAAACAACAACAACUAAAUAAUAAUAAUAAUAAUAAUAAUAAUAAUAAUAAUAAUAAUAAUAAUAAUACAAACAUAUAUAUAGAUAAUAACAAUAAUUUAGAAAAUGAUAAUAACUUUAAAAUAGUGUAUAUAACAACAGUGAUUAUAAUUGGAUGUGGAAUAGGGUUAUCAUUAAUUGAAGCGAGUAGUAGAAAGAUUGAAUAUAAUUUCUAUGAAAGUGAAAAGAAGAGGGAAGUGUGGGAAUAUGAUAACUAUGUAGAAGGUGAACAAAGAGAAAUGGUCGAACUUUAUUCUUUGAAAGGUAUGGAAGAGAAUGAUGCAAAAAAGGUGGUAGAACUAUUAAGCAAAUAUAAAGAUCUAUUCGUUGAUAUCAUGAUGACUGAAGAAUUAAAUUUACUACCAGUUGAAUUACUACUCUCACCCAUUCAUACUGCAAUCUCAACUUUCUUCUCAUUCAUUGCAUUUGGUAUGGCCCCUUUAUUGCCUUUCUAUUUUUGUACAUAUUAUUAUUAUCAAAUUUAUCAAAUUGCAAUUAAUAGAAAUUUACUUUUAUCAAUUUUAAUUUUUAUUGUUGAAAUUUUAUUAUUUUUAAUUGGAUCUUUUAAGAGCAAAUAUUAUACUGGUGAUUGGUGGAUCGAAGGUCUUAUCUCAUCAAUUACAGGAAUAGCUUCAAUUAUAGUUUCAUUUUUCCUUGGUGAAGCAAUGUACAGUAUGUUAUCUUAA